AUGAACGAGAAUAUCUCAACUUGUAUUCAACUAUUUCCUCAAGAGAAUAUUGAGCAUGUAGAAGUAUCGACACGUGUCCAAGUGAUUGAUAAAGACCUCCAUUUGACGUUAGUAAUGCAAGCCGAUGAACUUGCUCCAUUAUUCUCGGGAGCAGCAUGGGCUGGUACUUUCUUAUGGGAUGCUGCGGUCCAUUUAGCACGUCGGUUUCUGACUGACUAUCGUCACCACCUUCAAGACCCGACCAACUCGCUGCGUGUCCUCGAACUUGGUGCUGGCAUUGGCGUGCCUGGCAUGGCGGCGAGAGUGGCAGGGGCAAAGCACGUGGUGCUCACGGAGCAGAACGAGCUUUUGCGACUGAUGCACGUGAAUUUGGCGGCCAAUCGACAAGUCUUGCGUCUAUCACAUGGUACAGAGCUUAAAGAGGAUAUCAAUGACAAGGGAGAGAUUGUGGCGAGACCACUGAGUUGGGGGGUGCAGCAGGCAGAGGAGUAUGUGGCUCAGUACCGGGAUGAGAAAGUCGAUGUGGUGCUGUCGUGCGACUGCAUUUACGAGCCGCUGUAUGGCACGUCAUGGCGAGCACUGGCGCAGACGAUGGAGCUCUUGUGUGUGGCAAAUCCCAAAUGUGUUGUGCUCAUGGGCGUCGAACGUCGCAACCAGGACGGUGUCGACAAGUUCUUAGAGUUUGUGGAGAAGAAGACCAAACUCAACAGCACAUUGGAUGAACAAACUAUCGGCUCUGACAACAAUCGAUUAGAAGUGUAUUAUCUAGGACUUCCUGCAAAUGCAAGAGAGUGA